UUACACAAAAUCAGUAUACAGCUCGAGCAGCUCGACCGCAAACUACUUUGUAUAUGUGGGUUGAUAAACAAAAAGUUUCAAUAUUUCAUGAAAUGAAAGCAGUCAAACGGGCAGUACAAAAGAAAAUUAUCAAAAAUUUGUAAGCGUUCAAUUUCAAACGAUUAUAGGAAAAUUUUCGCCUAAACGGCGACGAUUUUAAUCGUCAAACAGUACACGGACACACGUACACACAUACAUACAUAUGUGUGACAACGAGAAAUUGAACGCAAAAUAAUCCAAAUUAACUGUAGCCGUGUGAAAGACAAAACUUGAAAUUAACUUAGUGACAAAAUGGUUUGCGUGACGGAGGAUACCUUUGGCACCACGAUCAAUCCGCUAACGAAGAAGGAAGUGGAAAUCAGGCGCUUCACCAUCACCAAUGAUCGCAGGAUGGCGAUGCAGUUGAUAAACUUCGGCGCCACAAUAACAUCACUAAAAGUGCCGGACUCUCAUGGCAUGGUGGACGACAUCACUCUGGGCUUCGAUAAUAUCGAAGGUUACUUGACCGAGAAUAAUCCCUACAUUGGCUGUACGGUGGGGCGCGUUUGCAGCCGCGUGGGCAAUGGCAACUUUAUACUCGACGGCAAGAAGUACGAGGUGACCAAGAAUUUCUUAGGGAAGCACAUGUUGCACGGUGGCACUAAUGGCUUCAGCAAGGUCAUUUGGGAGGUGGAUCAAGUGCGACCGGAUGGUGUUGUCUUCAAGUUUACCUCACCCGAUGGUCAUGAGGGCUUUCCCGGUGAGGUUGUUGCCACCGCAACUUACACCAUUACGGAUGAUAAUUGUAUGCGCUUUUGUUUGGAAGCAACCACCAGCAAGCCAACACCGGUCAAUAUGACCAAUCACGCAUACUUCAAUUUAGCGGGGCAUAAUGCCGGCAAGCAGGGUAUGGUCGAACAUAUCGUCAAGAUCAAGUCCGAUUGUAUAACCGAUAUGGAUGAAGAAACUGUGCCGAAUGGCGAGUUUAUUUGCCUUGAGAACCAUCCUUUGGAUUUGCGUAAGCUGACAAAUGUAGGAGAAGGUUUGAGGAAAAUUUCUAAGAUCGCCAAGGGUUACGAUCACAAUUAUGUAUUGAAGUAUACGCCGGGCUGUAUCGAGAAACAAGCGAAAGUAUUCCAUCCACCCAGUGGUCGCUGCAUGGAAAUUUUGAGUAAUCAGCCUUGUAUGCACUUCUACACCGCGCACAACAUGCCAGACUUGGAGAAGAAAAAGGGUAAAAAGAAAGGUAACGCACAACCCAUGAUCAUCGGCAAAGGACGCAGCAUGUACGAGAAGCACGGGUCGUUCUGCAUGGAAACGCACUGGUUCCCGGACGCAGUGAAUCACGACAAUUUCCCCUCCGUUAUACUCAGCCCCGGGGAAACUUAUCAACACGUUUGCUUAUUUAGAUUUGGAGUAUACGACCCGAAUUGUGAACGACAUGGCAACAUAUGCGACUAAGUCACAGACAAAGGACCGCAAGCCACACCUUAACACGGCUAUAGAACAGUACACACCCAUAUAUACAUACAUAUUUGUAUAUGUACCCAGAAUCAGUAGUAUUUUCAUAUAUUAAAGCUAUGUAUAUUGAAAUUCCUUUGUAAAUUAAACAACAAAUAUAUUACACAUUACUCACAUGUAACUGACA